UGGUAGUCAACACAUUCGCGCAGCUCAAAGCCAAAAAGCAAAAAUACGAAAAUUGUAUUGCACAAAAUAAACAAAUAAUGUAAUUAUAUGUGCAAAACACAACAAAAACAUUGUGCAUUUGUUGUUGGCCAGUGUGCAGCUGGUAAAUGUGAGGUGUGAGCGUGCAUUGCGAGCGCGCCGCUUCUGCAUUACAGUUAUCGUUUUGUGGAAUGAUGAGCAGCACAGCACGAAAUAACUGCAUAAAUGUUGAUGAAACUGUCGCUGCCGCUGCCGGCGGCGCAGCGACAACAACAACAGUGGCGACGACGGCGGCAGCGAUGCCGGAAUUUGUGCAACUAAAUGAGACGCGUCGUUAUAUUUAUAGAGUGAUUGCCGCCAUUCACGACGAGAGCUUCAACAAGCUUAUGAAUGGUCUGCUCAGACAAUUCGAGUGUGCCAUACGCGAGGAAUUCGAGAACGCACAAAACUCUCCGCUCUUGUGCCGCAAAUUGGCGCGGAAUAUUAUCGCCCUGACGGAUCAGAUUUACACUGUGCAACAACGCCACAGCAGCAACGUGGACAACUCGGUGGUUUAUCGUCAGCGCAUUUGCUUCAUUGUUGCCAUUUAUAUUGCCUGUGAACUGUGUGCCGCUCAAGAUCGGGUCGAAAAUCAUCGGUGUAUCCUGGAGCGCAUUAGCAGCACACUCGGCUUGUAUGUGGAGGAUGCGGAUGUUGGAUGCGGUGCACACAAGGAAUACACACUGCUGACGCUAGUCGCAAUACCCAAGGUCUUUGGCCAGGCAAACAUUAUCUCAGUAUUGUACAGCCGCCUCUUUCCACAAUGGUCCAUGCCGUCGAGUUUCUUUACUCAGAUCGAGCUGCCCGAUAAAAUAUACAUCGAAUAUAUUAUCAUAUUUUAUUGCUGGCAACGCCUGGAACGCGAUGAGGCAACAAGACAGCGGAUUAUUGAAUUUGCAGCGAAAUUUAUGCGACCGUCAUCCACACUUCCUUUCAACUCUGUCUACAUUAAUCAUCUGCCCGACUAUGGUGCAUCCAGAACGGCCACACGUUGCAUUCUGGAGCAUCUGAAUGUGCAACAGGCUUGCACAGGAUUACGUGCGGCAAGCAGGAUUGACAAUCGAUCACAGGCGCAGUCAAAUGAUUUGAUAUUCGACUCUGACGAGGAGAAAGAAGCUGCGGAAUCAGGUUUGGUAUUGGCCAGCACAAUGGCUGCUGCAGCGAUAACAUUGCCGAUAACACCGCUGCCGCCACCAGCUCCGGAUCCGCCCGACUUUUUGAAAGUGCUGUGCGAGAAUGCAAUUCUCUUGGAGCCUGUAAGGCGCGUGACGGCCUUGUACCGUGGCAUUGAUAGCACGCGCGAAGUCGUUGAUAUCUGUGAGUCGGACGAUGACGAGGAAAUGUUCUCGCUCCAUUUUAGUGUGCCCGCCAAUGUCGACGGCAAUGCCUCGAGCUCUAACGAAGCCUCGGCGACUGUUGAAGAUGAUUAUGUGCCCAUAACCCGUAUCUUUCCUAGCAACUUACGGACGUAUCAACGUGCCACAAGCAGCGCAACCAACGUAGCUGCCCCGGCCACCAACAGCACAGAGACCUACACGAUGCCUCGUAUAGUCAACAGCUACAGCUGUCGUCGUGACAGUCUGCAUCUUGUGUCCACAACACAGACGCCACCGCACCUUGUCGAUCAAUGUGUUCAAACGGCAGAUCAGAAGGAGGAUCAACAUCAACAACAACAUCAACGUUUGAGCUUUGACGACGAUGCCAUAUCCACCUGCAGGUUCUACUCUGAUGACCUCAACAUGAAAGCCACCGAUCUGAUCUCAGCGGGCUCAAGCAGCAAUAGAGACAAGACGAUCAAGUCAAUUGGAAACAAUCACCACUGCCAGCAGCCAUCUAGUCGUAAUAGCAACAGCAGCGAGGCGUCGAUGAUUAAGAAGCAGGUCACCUUCAGUGCAGAGCAUUUGAGUGCCUCGAGAAGUGCCCAGUUGAGAAAAUCCCACAGAUCUAUUAAGCCAUCAAUAAAACCUUACAGAGAUUUGUAUAAUACAACGCCUAUACCGCUGACACCAACCUCAUCGAUGGAUCACGUUGAAACUCUUAAGUGGUUGGGACGUAAAGAACAUUUACAAGCGGGACAGCGUAUGUUUAGCAAACUGGAAGACAAGAAGUACUGUGAUAAAAGGACUACCCAAUCGUUGUCGUCGGGCGGUUGUCGCAAGCGACUGGCUCCAACUAAAAGACCUUGUAUCACACCGACAACACAGCUUACGCCCACGACAAGUAAUGCUUCAAGUGGCACACCAACCCCACAACCAAGAAGUCUUCAGUCGCGUGCUCAACAACGUUCACUGCCCACACCUCCUGCAUCAACUCACAGUUCGAGUGGUACAAUACUUCAUGGAAAACCUGUCUGCAGCCUGGAUAUUGAUAUUAAUCGAUUGCAAGCUGAAUCAAGCAGCUAUAAAUUUAAUCGUCGCAAGUUUACUGAUACUUCCAAGGAGCACGUUCGUUUCUGUAAUAAAAUCCUUGAGCUGCAACGCAUUAAAAUGAAAGAAAAGAGAAAGACACAGCCAAAGCCAAGUCAUAGAAAUGUUGAGAUUCAAAAUCGACAAAAGAUCAAGAGAUUAAUCACAUUAAAUGCAAAGCUACGACAACACAUUGAUAAGCUAGAGAGCGACAUGACAAUCAUUACAAAUUAUGCUAUGGAGGAACAGACAAAGGCGGCGAUCUUACCAAAAUUUGAUCCGGUUGUGAGACUGAAACGUAUUCACGUUAAAGAACUGAUAAUACCGCACAGAUAUGUUGACGAGAACACUGUGGAACAGCCAAGCUUGAGUCAACCAGCGAAAGGUUUUUGGAAAGGGGGGCGGCGUCGGAAGGGUCAUCGAUGGACACGAUUAAAAAAAUCGUGUAAGAGGAAGUUGGAAGCAGCAGCAGCUCCCUUUUCUGACAAUCUCGCCGAUCUUAGCCAACCUGAACCAGAACAAUCUAUUUCCUCCUCUGAUACGUUGAAAGUAGAACCGUCCGCAUCAGCAACAACUGCUUCUGUACCUCCUGCUAGUCCUGCCAUAACUUCUGCUUCUGCUUCAGGAUCUGAAAAUGCUUUAACUACUGACCACUCUCAAGCAGCUGAUACUGCCCAGUCUUCAGUGUCAACUACAUCGUCUGUUCUUGCCUAUGUUCCUGCUGCUUUUUUUUCGGAUCCUAGUCAAACCGAACAAGAUAAUGGUAUUGCUGCUUAUGUGACGCUUUCCGUCAAUGGUGAAUGCUGCGUUGAGCAAGAUGCGGUUGUUAAGCAAAUAACUCAAUUGCCGACGUCCAGUCCAGAGACCGAGCAAAGCAGUGCCAUGGUUGCACAUGAGAUUGAACUGGCCACCAGUAAUGUUCCUGUAUAUUUGCUCAAUGGCGAAAGUCGUGAUGUGACGACGCCCGUACCAGUAGCUUUGGCUAACGAAGAAUUUGCUCCCGAACCGUAAGAUAAGAAACUGAUAGAAUGUGGAAUUUAAAUGUAAACUAUAUAAAUACAAAUGCAUGUAUCUCUUUAUUUUUUGUUGAUAUUUUAAUGAAGCCUCUUAUAAAUAAUAAUGUAAUAUAUCAUAAAAUAAUUUCAUGUGUAAGCAAUUGUUGAACUUUAAUAUUAAUUUCUCUUAUUUAUGCAUAGUAAUUGCGAAACCUAAAACUUUCUUAUUGUAUACAAAGUAAAUUAUAAGAGUACUCGUAUUUUAAGCAAUUGUUGGACUGUAUUAUUAUUUUCUCAUAUUUGUGCAUAGUAUUUGCCGAAACUUAAAGUUCUUUAUUGUAUAUAUGAUACAUACACAAUAUUUAUUUAUCGUUACAAAUAUAUUAUGGAAGUUGCAAUUCAAUAUAAUUUUGAUACCCUGAAAACCCAAUGCAAUAGUAUUUAAGAGUAGAAUAUGAAAUUAGCCACAAUUAUACAGAUAAAAUACGUGCAUUAUAAUCUAAGUGAAAUGAAUAAAAACAUAUUUUUUUCUGAUGAA